AUGCAUCUAACUCGGUUAUUACGUACACAACAAGCUUCUUUAAAGCAUCUUAUUGAUUAUUAUGCUAAAUAUCCACCAACCGGUUUAACAAUGAAAAAAAUUGUUGAAUUUGCGCGUGAAGGAGAUGCAAAACAAUCAUAUUUAUUUCUUCGAAAUGAAUUACCUGUUCGACUUGCAUCAAUGAUGAAAGAAAUGGGACAUUUACCACCACGUCUUCUUGAAAUGCCAAGUGUUAAAACAGUUAAUAGUUGGUAUGGAACUAGUUUACAUGAAUUAGAUUCAUUUAGACAUGCACCAACAACUAAUGAAACUGUUAAAAAAUUUACAGAAGUUUUACAAAAUAUACGUAAAAGACAUACAACUGUUAUUGAAACAGUAGCACAAGGUUAUAUGGAAUUUUCUGAGUUGGGUCACGUUAAAGAAUAUGAAGAAUCACAAAUACAAUAUUUUCUUAAUCGAUUUUAUUUAUCUCGAAUAUCAAUUCGAUUACUUAUUUAUCAGCAUACAAUGUGUUUUGGUGAUGAAGUACCUUUACAUCCUACGCAUCUUGGUUUUGUUGAUCCUAGUUGUUUGGUUGAAGACAUAAUCAAAGAUGCAUUUGAAAAUGCUCAAUUUUUAUGUGAAGGUUAUUAUUUACAAGCACCUCCAUUAGAACUUCGUAGAACAAAUGCAAUAAAUCCCGACGAACCAAUUGCAAUAGCUUAUGUACCAUCACAUCUAUAUCAUAUUAUGUUUGAAUUAUUUAAAAAUUCAAUGCGUGCAACUAUAGAACAUUUAGAAAGUACAAAAUCUAGUAGUGUAUUACCUCCAGUUGUGGUUGAUGUUGUAAAAGCAAAAGAAGAUUUAACGAUUCGUAUUAGUGAUCGUGGUGGUGGUAUUCCACGUUCAAAGGCAGAUAAAAUCUUUCGAUAUAUGUAUUCAACUGCACCAAGACCUGUAUCAUUAACUGAUGCUCAACAUUCAGGUCCAACACCACUUGCUGGUUUUGGUUAUGGUCUUCCCAUUAGUCGACUUUAUGCUCGAUAUUUUAAUGGUGAUUUAGAAAUUCAUUCAAUUGAUGGACAUGGUACAGAUGCAUAUAUAUACCUUCAAGCUGUAGAAGAUCACGCUAGUGAAUGGUUACCAAUAUGUAAUCGUGCCGCAUAUGAAUAUUAUGUUUCACGCAAAUAUCAAUCAGAUUGGACAAAAAGGAAAUAA